CUCGCACUCGCACUCGCACUCGCACUGCACAGACAGCCAGAUCCAGAGCGGCACCGGCACCAGCGCCACUGCCAGUACCGGUGCCAGUGUGCCAGUGCUUCUCUUCUUCUCCUGUCUGUGCCACCUUCCCUCCAUCCAUCACCCAGCAUUCCAUUCCAUUCCUCGUACUUCCUAGUGGUAGGCCGCCCAAGUCGAGCCCCACCAACGUAGGUUUUUUUGGAAGUACGAGGGAGAUCCGGCGGCCCCCAUCGGUUGGUCGGCGGCGUCGGAGGGAAAGGGCUUUCUAUCUAUACCGUGCGCGAGGUGACCGUGCCCCCGCGCGCGGCCGCAGGCGCCGAUGCUCUCGCGGCGGCGCAUCCCUAGUGCUCCUCCAAUGGCGGCGUCCUACCCGGCCAGGCCCGUCCAACACCGGGAGGACGGCGUGUACAACUACGACUACGCGGGUGGCGGCCGCGGGCGUGGCCUCGACGGCGGGUACGGCUACUACCACCCCGGCAACGGCGGCGGGCGCGGGGGCUGGGGCAGGGCCGGCUACCACGACCGCGGGAACGGCUACGGGGGCGGCGGCGACGGGGGGUUCCAGCACUACGGCGUGCCCGGCAACGGCGUGGGCGUGGGCAUGGGCCACCCGCUGCCGCUGGCGGCGGGGCUGCCGGUGGCGACGACGAGCUACCUGCACCCGCACGCGCACGGCCUAGGCUGGGUCCCGGACGAGCUCCCGCGCCGGGUAAUGCCGGUUGCGCCGCCGCCGCCGCCCCCGUUCCUCCCGCCGCCGCUGCGGGCCGCGGAGGCGGCCGCGCGCGAGGUGCUGCUGCGGCUGCACCCGACGGAGGAGGCGGAGCGGCGCCGGCACAAGAUCAUCGACUACGCCAAGAACCUCAUCGGCACCACCUUCGGCUGCGAGGUGUUCGCGUUUGGGUCGGUACCGCUGAAAACGUACCUCCCCGAUGGUGAUGUCGACAUCACCAUACUGACGAACGUCAACCUGGACAACAACUUCGUCCAAGACGUUUGUUGCUUGCUGGCAGCCGAACAGAGCAACGAGGCUGCUGAGUUUGCGCUGAAGGAGAUUCAGGUCAUCAACGCUAAGGUCAAGAUAAUCAAAUGUGUUAUCGACAACCUUGUGAUGGACAUCUCAUUCAACCAAGUCGGCGGUGUGUCCACGCUCUGUUUUCUUGAGAUGGCCAACAAGGAGAUCGGCAAGGACCAUCUAUUCAAGCGGAGCAUCAUCUUGAUCAAGGCUUGGUGUUACCACGAGGGUAACAUCCAUGGAUCCAACCAUUGGUUGAUGUCUACGUACGCAUUGGAGGUGUUAAUCUUAUACAUCUUCAACCUGUUCCACACCGUUUUACAUGGCCCUUUGCAGGCCCUGUACAAGUUUUUGGAGUACUAUAGCAAGUUUGAUUGGGACAACCAGUGCCUUACUUUAAAUGGCCCUGUCCCCUUGUCAUCCCUGCGCAACUACACCGCUGGGCCUACUGGCUCAAAUGAGGAAUUACUGCUGAGCAAGGAGCCCCUCGAGCCCUCACUGCGUAGACUUUUUGACCUUCCAGCAGGUUCUGAUGGGCGUGGCCCAGAAUUCCGUCUGAAGUAUCUGAACAUUAUUGACCCCUUGAAGGGGGGUAAUAACCUCGGCACAAGUAUCAGCGAAGCAAACUCUCGUGUCAUACGGGACGCCUUUGCAGCUGGUGCAGAAAAGCUCGGACAAAUUCUCAAGCUGCCUUGUGAACUUAUUGCCGAACAAGUGUAUGUGUUCUUCACACACACGCUGGGCAAGCAUGGACGGGGCGAAAGGCAGGACCUUGGCGAAAGUGUGUCCCAAUCCAUGCCUGAUCCAAGAAAUGCACGUGGCCAAGAUGUGUCCAGCUUGGGAGUUUCUUGCAUGGAUGAGGAUGAAAAGAGAAUACAUCGGAUCCCAGGUUUAACCAACUUCAGGAGCCACUCCGAUUCGUCCUCCUCCUUGAAGAAUGGCCAGGAUGUUUCUGGUUCUAACCCUGUUAAUGGGUCAAACCAGACUGAUGUCCAACAAGAAAAGGUGCGACUGACGACUCAUUUCACACCGAUGAACUUACUGGACCUCUCAGGGCAUGUGAAUUUACACAUGACAUGCCUACGGAGUGUUCAGUACAACUUGGAGGCCCUGUAUGAUAAGCUCCUUAGGUCGGCCAUAGAAGCAUCUUCAGCUGGUGUACUGGAUGAGGAACGGUUUGUAGUUCCAAUCCUGCGCCCUGAUCCGAGGCCAUCUCCAUGCCCGCGGAUGCCUCCAGUUAGUUCUUCUGUCGGCACAGGAGCUGUUCCUCAGCAACCGAUCACUGAGGUCCAAGUUCAAUUGGGUUAUCAGUCGACGCCUCGGACGCACAUUCCACCCAACGGAUUGUCGGGAUAUCCACCUUUUGCUGGUCCUUGGUUUCCAAACACGGAGGACAUGUCUCUGGCUUAUGGAGCUACCACUUACAUGCAUGACAUGAACUAUUCGGUGCCUCUCGGAAUAGAUGCUCUCUCGAGCGGGAUGCCAUUCUAUCCACCUAUGUGGGGUUUUCGUCAGUCACGUGGAACCGGCACAUACAUCCCCAGAACAGGUUGGGACAGCAACAGGGACAAGUGGAACGAUAGGGGAAGGAUGCAAAGGCAGAGACAAUCAGACCGGGGUUACGGAGACAGGAGGCCGGAUGUCGGCUCAAGCAAUGGGCACGCUACCGCCGCAAGCGUAGCAGGACAGACACCGCCGAUGCGAGGCAAUCCACACCAGGGUGCCUCUUCAAGCAACAAUGAUCAGAGGUUUGAGAAUGGGUGGGUGGCGACGCGGAUGCCACCGAGGAUCACGGUUCCUCGAAACGGCUGCGGCAGUCAGCCCUCUUCACCUGUUGUGGUGGUCACACCUGCCGUCACAAUGGUCAAUGGCCAGUCGGUCACCGCGGAGCAGCAUGAGAACUUGGAGUUCGGAACCAUGGGGCCCUUCUCGGUGGCUCGUCAAAACUCUGUGUUCGAUGAACAAUUCCCUGCUCUCCAGGAAACAAUCAGGCAGGGACAACAAGGCCCGCAGAGGAGCCCCCCCAAGCCGGGCGUAGGUGCAUCCCCCAGGAGCUGGCCUGCAGAAGCCCCUGGGUCAGCAGUGCAAAGCCCUAGGCCCGGUGUGGCUAUGAGCCAAAGCUGGCCCAACCUGCCGGCGCAAAGCCCCAGGCCUGUUGUGCGUACAAUCCAGAGCUGGCCCAACAUGCCGUCCCCCAGGCCCUUUGUGGGUGUGACCCAGAACCGGCCCGCAGAAUCCCCCACUGCCUCCACAUCGCAGAGCCCUAGGCCCGGUCCCAUUGCGGCCCAAGACAGGGCUGCCCGGCCUUACCAGCUGCAAGACGACGCUGACUUCCCUCCCCUGGAGACCGAGAACUCGUACGAUGCUGACUUCCCUCCUCUCCAAGCCGCGGUCGGUCGCUGACAUGGCGCUCGCGGUCGCAGCACAUGGUAGAGUUGAGAUGACAUACAACUAAUCGUGACGGUGCAAGGGGAGAGCUUAACUUCAUUACUUGGUUGAGGAGAUAGUGUGUGCUCGAGGAGAUGGAGCAGGAUUUUCGUCCGGCGGCAUAAACAAACAGUUUGGAUUAUUGAUGCUAUUCGUGGUGAUGGCAUGUUAUCUGUGUGUUGUAAAAGCUCUAAUAAUUCCGGUGCC